AUGACUGCCGCAAUGAUAAUUAUUCUCACCGAUGGAACGCUGAAAAUCAAAAAUUUGACGAAGACGGAUGAGGGCACCUACACAUGCUUGGCACAGAACCUCUUCGGCGCAGCCAGCACCUCGGGUCGACUCCUGGUUACAAAGCCCACGAGGAUCAGUCAGGGCCCGUCGAACAUGGAGAUCAUUGUGGGCGAGAGCAUCGUGCUUCCCUGCCAGGUGUUCUGUGACCCGGUCCUGGAUGUAUCGUUCUCGUGGGCAUUUAAUGGCCAAGUCAUCAGCAAGUUGGACAGGCACUUCGAGCAUGUGGGAGGGCCGGCAGCGGGUGACCUGAUGAUUCGUAACAUCCAGCUGAAGCACGCGGGGAAGUACGUGUGUGUGGUGGACACAGACGUGGAGAGCCUGUCUGCAGCGGCUGUUUUGGUUGUCAAAGGUCCCCCCGGCCCGCCUGAUAGCGUGACGGUGGAUGAGAUCACGGACAGCACCGCCCAGGUCUCCUGGAAGCCCGGCCCAGACAACGGCAGCCCCAUCACCGGAUAUACCCUCCAGACCAAAACGCCCUUCACCGUGGGUUGGCAGGCCGUGGACACGGUGCCCGAGGUGAUUGAUGGGAACACGUUGACGGCCACUGUGGUGAACCUAAAUGCCUGGGUGGAGUACGAGUUUCGGGUGGUGGCGCGGAACAGCGUGGGCAUGGGCGAGCCCAGUCCCGCAUCGCUGAAGACCAGGACAGAGGACACCGUCCCCGACACGGCCCCCACAGACGUCAACGGAGGAGGAGGCUCCAAGUCAGAGUUGGUAAUCACCUGGGAGCCCGUGCCCGAGGAGCUGCAGAACGGCGACGGCUUCGGCUACAUCAUCGCCUUCAGGCCAUUGGGCGAGGCCACCUGGACCCACGCGGUGACCUCCACGCCGGGCGUGUCCCGCUACGUCUACCGCAACGACAGCGUUCCGCCCUUCUACCCCUUCAGCGUGAAGGUGGGCGCUUACAACGCCAAGGGCCAGGGCCCCUUCAGCGGAGUCGCCACCGUCUUCUCCGCCGAGGAAGAGCCGAGUGGCGUGCCAGGGAGGGUUUGGGCCAGAAGCGCCUCGGCAUCGGAGAUUGAAGUGAACUGGCUGCCGCUCUUCGCCUCCUCCCCUGAAAGAGUCCUUGGCUACGAGGUGGCGUACUGGGAGGACGACACCAAGCCGGAGACGAUGGGCAAAGUGCGGGUGUCUGGCAACCAGAUGUCGGUCUAUGUCAGCGGCCUCAAGGGCCACACCCAGUACUUCAUGACCGUGAGUGCCUUCAACACGGCCGGCACGGGCCCGUCUUCGCCCACCAUCAACGCCACCACCAAACGAUUCCCCCCUGGCCAGGCACCUCAGAACGUGGAGUGGACUCUGAUUGGCUCCAAGCUCAUUGUGCACUGGGACGCUGUGGUCACCUUGGAGAUGGAAUCAGAGGUCACCGGCUAUCAGGUGUCUUACUGGAGACGUCGUCACCGGGAGAUGAACAGCGUGACGACCAACGCGACCACGGUGGAGAUCCUGCUCCCGGCCGAUGACGACUACGUCAUCCAGGUCAGGGCGUUGAGCGAGGGGGGCGACGGCUUGCCCACGGAAACCAUCUCCAUCCACAAGCUCAGUAUGAGCGCCCGAGGAUCGGGAGCCUGGAGGCCCAGCUGUACUGCCUCGUCGCUGUUUGUCUUCGCCUCCUUGUCCGCACUUAAGGCCCCUCUGUAAGGACACGGUUGGAAAGAAAAGAAGAGAAGAAGAGAAUGAGAUGAGGAUGAGGGGCCGGCUCUGCUCGGCUCUGCUCUGCUGGAACUCAUUGACGUUUUGUUUGGAGGACGCCGUGGACUCACGUCUUCAUUCUAUUUGUCACCAGACAGACAUGGCCCUGGGACAUGUCGCUCUCAGAGAACUCUGUUGACA